UAACAAAUAUAAAACCCUAAUUCUAAUUCCUGUUAAAAUGGCCUAAAACCCCAACUCACCUCUUCGGUCAUUUAAUCACAGAGCUUUCCCUUUCUUCUGCUUGAAACAGAGAGAUGGUGUGGUUUCAGUGUGAGGAUUGUGGAGACAACCUCAAGAAACCCAAGUUGCCGGGUCACUUCAGGUCCUGCUCUGCUCGCAAGUUAUCAUGCAUUGAUUGCGGGGAGAUGUUUGGGCAAGAAAGCGUUCAGAGUCACACACAAUGCAUUACUGAGGCAGAAAAAUAUGGUCCAAAGGGACAAGGGAAAGCUUUGAAUGGUGGGGGAGCCAAGCCCAACAAGGAUUCAAAGCAGCAGCCUGAUUUUGAUAUUACUGUUGGGUUAUCCAAACGCUUUCCGUGGUUUUGUAGUCUUUGCAAUACUAAAGCUACUAGUGAGCAGACCCUGCUGCUCCAUGCCGAAGGAAAGAAGCACAGGGCAAGAGCCCGAGCAAUCCACGCUGCAAAGCAACAGCCUGAGCAGCCGGAAGAAUCUGCCCUGGAUACAAAACCUACACCUGAGAAUAAACAAAUUGAGGAACCUAAAUUGCAGGAUGCAUCUAGAGUCAAUGUGGAGCAAAACAGUUCUGAAGCAGGGAAUGGAACUUUGUUGUCAGAGAAAAAGAGAAAACUUGAUGCAUCCAAGAAUGAUGAAUCAAGGAAGACGACUAGGGAUAAUACAUGGAAGACAGAAGCAAAUGGAAAGGAGAGUCAGUUGGAGAAAGAUAAGUUGGUGGAAUCUAGCUCUGCUAAGAAUGAAUCCAAUAUGAAAAUAAAUUGGAAGAAGUUGAUCACAUCAACCUUAAAAUCGAAUGACGGAGUUCUAAAGAUGAGGAAAUUGAAAAAACUUGUUCUGAAGGCUAUUGAAGAAUCGGGCAGAACAGAUGAUGAAGCCAAAUUGAGUGAUAUGCUUGAUCACAAGAUCAAUUCAAGCUCCAGAUUUAAAGUUGAGAACAAGCAUGUUCAUUUGGUGGCCAAGGAUUAAAAUACAGUUUGAAGUGGAGUGACUGGAAAUCACUGUAGUGUCUCCUGUGCAGCCUUGCCGGCCCUGGUUGGCUGGAACCUCAUUCAAAUUCAGAAUCAAAUGCAGAUGGUUGGCUGUAACCUUUUUUCGUAUGCAAGUUUUUUUAUUUAUGCGGUUUGUAUUUGGAGUUACAAGUCUAGGACUCAUAUUUUUUCUUCUGUUUGAAAAGUUUUCAGAAGAAAUAUCAUUGUCAUUAAUUCUUCAAUUCUAUAUGAAUCAGACAGACAUUGUGAUGAUUUUCUCAUAAUACAAGAUCCAUUCUUAACUUA